GCGAUACAGGGGGCGUGCCUGCGACCCCACGGUGAUGUAGAGCGCAGCGCCAGGAAAGUAAACACACCAUUCCGUCAAGAUGGCCUCGCUCCCUUUGGUCCGAGCGGCACUCCUGGUGUCUUUUUCGGCAUUAUUGACAGUCGUGUUGGGAUUCGGGCUGCCAGCGUUACUGAACGUCGUGGCGAGGUUUUGCGGGUUUCCGGAGACGAGCGUAACCGAGUGCAUAGUUGUGCUGUAUUUACUUUUUGUUUUGUAUGUUGCGACGCCACGAAUUCCCAGAGGACUGGUUGAGGUGAAGGGAAAAGCUGUAUUUAUUACAGGCUGUGACAGUGGAUUUGGUCAUGCUCUUGCCAUACAUCUUCACAAGCUGGGCUUCACGGUCUUUGCUGGAUGUCUUCUAAAGGAUAAGGGUGGAGAGGGUGCAAAGGAGCUGGAGGAGUUUCAUUCUGAUCGCAUGAAGGUUGUCCAGCUGGACGUUUGCAGUGAGGAGCUGGUGAACCAGGCUGUGGAAUACGUCAGAGACAAUCUGGAGGAUGCAGAAAAAGGUCUUUGGGCUGUGGUGAACAAUGCUGGUGUGUCAACGUUUGGAGAAGUAGAGUUCACUUCCAUGGAUACCUAUAAGCAGGUUUCAGAGGUCAAUCUGUGGGGCACCAUCAGGGUCACCAAAGCCGUCUUGCCCUUAAUCCGCAGAGCCAAAGGCCGUGUCGUGAACUUGGCCAGUAUGUAUGGAUGUAUGGGUAAUGCCUUGCGAUCACCGUACUGUGUAUCCAAAUAUGGCGUGGAAGCUUUCUCUGAUUGCCUCCGGUACGAGAUGAAGGCCUGGGGAGUCAAAGUGUCCAUCAUAGAGCCGGGGAACUUCAUCGUGGCCACAGGUAUCCUCACCCGUGACAUUGUGGCCAAUACGGCCAACAAGCUGUGGAACGAGGCUCCCUCCGUUGUCAAGGAGGACUAUGGGAAAGCCCACUUUGAACAUCACAUGGCUCUGAUGCGCUCCUACUGCAACAGCGGACAGAAAGACGUGAUCCCCGUUUUAGAUGACAUCACGGAUGCCAUCAUGUCGAAGCGCCCAUACACGCGAUACAGACCCAUGGAGCCGCACUGGUGGAUCAGGGUGCAACUGAUAACCCACCUGCCCGCCGCCAUAUCCGACCGCCUCUACUUCUGAAAGAGAACAUGCUCCCACAUUAGUUCCAUUUCACCCCUCAAAUCAAAGAUCCCCUCACAGUUAGCAGCAUGUUUUCAACUGACUAUCUAAUACCACACAGAUCUACAGACUUGCCCUGAUGAAGGGUCUCAGCUAUGUAUUCCUCAAACACUUGAAAUCACUCACUGAUUAAGCCUUAAAACAUAAUUGUUUUUGUAAACAGUACAUAAAUUAUUGCACUUUGCUUUUUGUAUGUCCGAUGAGAACCAUAACUUUUUAUCUACACACAAAUAUGAUAAGUAGUAACUACUUUUUGUUGGAUAGCAGCAAGGCUAUGAUAUGUUUGUAGCCACAAUCAAAUAGCUGAGAACAGAUCUUCCCCUUGUAGUUUCUUGGUGAGAUAUUCCCCUCUGAUUGAGAUAUUUAACUAAUCGCCUUUUGGGAAACUCUGGGGCCCCAUUGGCACGAGGACCAAAGCUAGUAAAGUUCAAGAGAAGGCUCCUGCUGUUUUGUUUUGGCUUAUGCCGGAACAAGCCAAGGUCAGCUAAUGUAAGAACAUGGUGGGAUUUGGCAAGUCUCACCCCAAGGUUAUGUAAUGAAAACACAAGCCCGCUUUGUCUUACAUACUCCAUGAGAUCCUGCCUGCUACUUUUGCAGUGAGUUUGAUUGGUGUGAUUCAUAGACAUGCUUGAACAACCCUCCUUGGUGUAACUAAAGUCCUGUCUUUGGAAAAAAACAAAAAAAUAGUAGAGCAUUGCUAUAUUUUGGAAAUAAUACAAUCACAAUGGCCUUUUAAUGGGUGAUAUGAAAUAAAAUUACAUUCAGUAAAAGUGA